GGAAAGUCCUAUGUCCUUUGGAAAUUCUUAGAACAGACGCUUUCACAACACACGACGCUCCGAAGAAAAUUGCAGUUCAAGAACUAACUCGUUGUGCUAGUCCGGCCUUGGCCUCAUUCGAAGCAUUGCUUCGCAAGCUAGUUGCAGGCCAACAUGACGAAACGGAAGCGUGGAAGUGACGCGAGCGCUCCCGAUGUUGGACUCGGUGCAACUCUUGCAUACCUGCGCGAAGAAGAUGCGAAGGACACUUCAAACAACGACGCUGGAGCUUGGACCGUAGUGAGCGCGUCAAAACGGAAGCGAAGAGGUCGAGAUAGGGCCUAUCGUCCCCCAAGAGAAUCAAAGGUCGAUGCGACAUUCUCGACCGAAGCUGCGCCAGACGAGGAGCCUGAUCAGGACGACAAGGAAGCCUCUACCCCGGAGCCGGCACACCAAGGGUUUCCUCAUAACCCAUUCUCCACCAGUGCAGAGCAAGGAAGUGAUAGUACAAUACCCAGAAAUCCAUUCUCCACGAGGGAAACCGGUGAUAAGAGAGUGGGAAACGGGGAGCAUGACAGUGAGAAUGGCGCAAGGGAUCGAGGACACCAAUCGAAUGGUCACUCCAAGCAAGAGAAAGCGCAACGGAAGCACGAGCGAAGGAUCGAGAAGAAUUACCCCAGCAUCAGUCACUCUCACAACGCUCGCCUCCAGAGUCACGUCAAAAUCACUGAUUUGCAAUCGCUCAUCCUUUACCUCCUGGCAGAUGGGAAUGCCCCGCAAUGGGUGGCUGUCAAACAACGGGCUGAUAUCCGACAGGUUGUGACGCUUCUAGUUCCCGGACUAGAACUAGGCAUGUUCAAUGGCAAAAUAUCACUCCAGUCGUCUGAAUCCAAAUCUUCUACCCCGGAAGAUGAAAGCAGCCACAUCAAAGCAGACGAUGAAGCGAAACCAGAUGAAGUAGAGCACCAGCCCAAAAAACUCCGCAUCACCCCAGACGACUUUUACCCCGCCAACCUCAAACCUGACCGGCUCCCAGACGUACUCAAGCCGCUCGCUGACAUGUUUUCUCAUGUCUGGCCCGUCAUGGGUAUUGGGGAGCAUCGCGGGAAUCGUCAAUAUUAUAGGAUUCACUCGCCCAUACACACCAUGCUGACCUCUCAAAUUCCCAAAACCCAAGAACAAAGGGAGAUGAAGAAGAGCUCCUCCCACCGAGGCCCAUUGCCCCAGAACGCGAAGCACUGGGAGAAUAAGCGCACCCCCAUCACGGACUACAUUGCCAAUAUUAUUGACCAGCAAGAGAAUGAAUAUGCAGUGCAUCCGGCGUGGUUUACUUCACCCGAGACGAUCGAAGCUGCAACACAGCGCAGGAAAGAGGCCCACCAGAUAGCCGAGGAUGGCUGGGUCGACACAAUUGUGACAGCGCUUGAGGAUGGCGAGGUGCCAGAUGCAGAAAUCGAGAGCGGAAGUGUGACCGCUGGACGCGAUGUAUAUACCGUCGACUGUGAAAUGUGCAAAGCAGACAACGACGAGCUGGUAUUGACUCGAGUGAGUCUAGUUGAUUGGGAUGGCAAAGUAGUCCUUGACAAAUUGGUGAAGCCGGAUGUGCCUAUUAAGGAUUACUUGACCCAGUACUCUGGCAUUACUCCAGCCAUGCUUCAAGAUGUUACAACGCGACUACCAGAUAUCCAGAAAGAGCUCCUGGAGAUCCUUUCGCCACGAUCUAUUCUGCUUGGGCACUCUCUCAAUUCCGAUCUUAACGCUCUCAAGUUGACGCAUCCAUUCUUGGUCGACACUGGGAUCCUGUACCCACAUCCCCGAGGUCCACCAUAUAAACAAUCGCUCAAAUUCCUCUGUCAGAAGUAUCUGUCAAAAGAGAUUCAAAAGGGUGUACAAGGACACGAUAGCAUCGAAGAUGCACGUGCCUGCUUGGCCCUGGUGAAGCAAAAAUGCGAGCGCGGCCCGGGAUGGGGUACUAGUGAGACCAACGCAGAGUCCAUUUUCAAGAGAUUGGGACGGAGUGUACGUCCCAAAUCCGGCAAUGCGUUCAGGACAGGGGCUGUGGUUGAUUGGGGGGACCCGACCCGGGGGCACGGCGGACAGGCACAGGUGGCAGUUGGAUGCAAGAGUGACAAGGACGUCGUCGAUGGCAUCGAGCUUGCAAUCAAAGGCCAAGCAGAGAACAAAGAAGGUGCCACGGGCAAAGUAGAUUUCGUAUGGGCGCGCCUGCGGGAGCUCGAAUUGGUUCGUGGCUGGUGGGACGACACCAAAACGGCCGACGUGGAGCAGAUUCGACAAGCGGCGCUCAAAAGGCUAGAUCACCCUGCUUCUCAAGCGGGAGAGGAAGUGGAAGAGGCCAGUGGUGAUGCGCUCGGGGAGGCCGUCGCAAGAACGGUAGCGGACAUUAGACGAGUCUACGAGUCGUUGCCACCGUGUACUGCAUUCAUUGUGUACAGUGGAACGGGCGACCCGAGGGAGGUCCGACGGUUGCAGAACAUGCGGCAGCUGUACCAACGAGAGUAUCAGACGAAGAAUUGGGAUAACCUCAGCGUCAAAUGGACGGACACGGAGGUGCAGGCACUAUCGCGGGCAUGCCAACAAGCACGCGAGGGGGUGGCCUUCAUCGUAGUCAAGUGAGAGGGCAUAAUAUUUGUGUCUCGCUUGUACGACUUGCCAGUCGUGUAUACAGAGUAGAGUAGCACACACUGUCUCAGGCCAGAGCACCGUAGCAUGCGGUUAUAGCUUGAUUAUCAAAGCCACGGAUACACACUAUUUGGCGCACGGAGAGGAUCCGCUGCCCCAUACUGCUAGC